AUGCGUGAAAUCGUCCACAUCCAAACUGGACAGUGCGGUAAUCAAAUCGGCGCAAAGGUAAGGGAUUUUGUUUGUUAUUUAAUUGUAUUUUUAAUUUAAUAUUGCUUUAGUUCUGGGAAGUGAUCUCGGACGAACACGGAAUCCAGCCGGAUGGAUCUUACGAAGGUGAAAACGACCUCCAAUUAGAGCGAAUCAACGUUUAUUACAAUGAGACCGGCAACAACAAGUAUGUUCCGAGAGCUGUGCUGGUCGAUUUGGAGCCCGGCACCAUGGAUUCGGUGAGAAACAGCCAAUAUGGAGAGCUCUUCCGCCCCGAUAAUUUCGUCUUUGGCCAAUCCGGAGCUGGCAAUAACUGGGCCAAGGGGCAUUAUACGGAGGGAGCUGAGUUGGUGGACAAUGUGUUGGAUGUGGUGAGGAAAGAGGCCGAAGGAUGCGACUGUUUGCAAGGUACGAUCAUUUGCGCCUUCUGGAUGCCUUGUGUAAUGUCAUGAUUAAUAUUUUGUUUUCAGGAUUCCAACUGACCCACUCUCUUGGCGGAGGAACGGGCUCUGGAAUGGGAACUCUGUUGAUUUCCAAGAUCCGUGAAGAGUAUCCCGAUAGAAUUAUGUCCUCUUUCUCCGUCGUCCCAUCUCCCAAAGUCUCGGAUACUGUAGUUGAACCGUAUAACGCAACUUUAUCUGUCCAUCAGCUGGUCGAGAAUACUGACGAGACCUUCUGCAUCGACAAUGAAGCCCUUUAUGAUAUUUGUUUCCGAACUUUGAAGCUGCCCAACCCAAAUUACGGAGAUCUGAACCACCUGGUGUCAAUGACAAUGUCCGGAGUGACCACUUGCCUCAGAUUCCCGGGGCAGUUGAAUGCGGACCUCAGGAAGUUGGCGGUUAAUAUGGUCCCCUUCCCGAGAUUGCACUUCUUUAUGCCCGGAUUCGCUCCGUUAUCGGCCAAAAAUGUAUCUUCCUACAGACCAAGCACUGUGGGGGAGCUCACUCAACAGGUAGGAUAAGUUUAUUUUGGUACCAGAUUUUUUAUUUGGGUCUCGUAAGUUGUAAAUGUAAGUGUUUACUUUCCAGAUGUUUGAUGCCAAGAACAUGAUGGCCGCCUGCGAUCCCCGCCAUGGCCGUUAUCUUACUGUAGCCGCCAUCUUCCGCGGUCGAAUGUCGAUGAGAGAAGUUGAUGAUCAAAUGAUGAGUGUCCAGAACAAGAACGCCCCUUACUUUGUGGAAUGGAUCCCUCAUAAUGUGAAGACGGCCGUUUGUGAUAUCCCACCGAGAGGACUAAAAAUGUCCGCCACUUUUAUUGGAAAUUCAACUGCCAUUCAGGAGUUGUUCAAGAGAAUCAGCGAGCAGUUCAAUGGUAAGCGAUUUUUAUAGAUUUUUAAAACACGAUUUUUGAGUCACUGAAUCAGCCGCCAAUUAGGCGUGGACAUAGGAAAAAAUUGAUUUUGAGUUUUUGAUUUUAAAAUGACUGUAGGCAUCCUAUAAACAUAAUGCUGAAAUAUUUUUGCCCAAUUCCUUCGUUAACCUACUGUAAUUUACAAUUUAAUGCUUUUAGAGUAAUCGACCAUUACAAGAAAACUACUGAUUAGAAAUGGAUGAAAUUGGCAAUACUUAUGUUUUAGGCCAUGCCCGUCAUAAUAGACAUAGAGUUUUGGCAGUCGGAUUACUGUAACAUACCGUAAUGUGGGUUCGGCCGCACAAAUUUGGCCUUAAAAAAGUUAUUUCUCAAAUGCCGCAGCUGAUUUUUAUACAGGGUGGGGCAUCUUUGUGGCCCGAUUUGAAUUGACUAUAACUUCUUUAGUUUUUGGCCAAAUUUUAAAAUUCUUUUUUCCCUGAAUCGUCAGCCAACCCCAUUUUGUUUGAUACCAAAUACGUUAUACAUAGGUAAGUGUCAUCUACAGUUAUUGGAUUUAUUCUUGGAGUUCAUUUUUUUGGUCGUUUUUCGGUUGUUUUUUCGGUCGUUCCCGGUGUGUCCGAAAAUGGAGUCCGGUGUGGAGAAAAGGCUUCGUCUGUGGUUUGGUUUAGCAAGUACGGUUCGGCGAUAAAUUUUCAACCGGGGAUACCGCAUAAAAUACGGACGUAAUGCCUAACCUCCAGAUCGCAAGACAAUUCGACGUUCGUGGAAUAAGUUUCUUGAGACUGGCAGCGUUAACAGGAAACAAAAAAGCAGGAAAGAUGAGUACGAACGGAGCUGAAAAUUUAAGAAGUUUUGUCAAAAUUCCGAGAAAAUCCGCAUAUGAGUACACGAAGUUUGGCCAGAACCGAGGGAAUGCCUUCAGCAAGGACCAUUCGACGAACUCUGGAGGUUGAUCUUCACUUUUUGUUCUUAUUCUCAUCGUCGAUUUUCGGGAGGGUAAAUUCCACCGUAUUUUUCUUCCGGACCGUACUCCAUUUCUGGACACACCGGGAAAGACCGAAAAAACAACCGAAAAACGACCGAAAAAAUGAACUCCAAGAAUAAAUCCAAUAACUGUAGAUAUACACUUACUAUGUAUAACAUAUUUGGUAUCAAACAAAAUGGGGUUGGCUGACGAUUCAGGGAAAAAAAGAAUUUUAAAAUUUGGCCAAAAACUAAAGAAGUUAUAGCCAAUUCAAAUCGGGCCACAAAGAUGCCCCACCCUGUAUAUGUUAAUCAGCGUAAAAUUCUGCCUUAUAAACAUUAAAAAAAAGUGUAAAAAGCCAUGAUCCGUUUUUCGUGGUAUAGUGGAUUUUGGCCAAAUUUAGUAACCCAAGGGUCGCGAGUUCGAUCCCCGUGGAAGCAAAAUCCGUAAUACUGCCCAGAACCAUAAAAAAUCAAUUGGGCUGAGUUGUAUAGCAUACACGGGAAGUAUGAAAACCUUUAUAAAAAUUGAUUUGCAAUUUUGAAAGCAUUUUUUGAAGAUGACAAUCAGAAUGUUUUUCGUGGAUUACGGUGCAAAUUUAGUUUAGGAAUGUUGGUAAAAAUUACUGUAUAGAGGUUUUCAAGCCUUCUAAAUUCAAUGGGACAAAUUUUUCGGGCCUAGGAUUACUGUAACAUGGAGAAAACGAAUUUCGGCCGCUAAAAAUCGGCCGUAAAAAUGUUGUUUUCAAAAAAACGCCAUUAAUUCUACGAUUUUUGGCAUCAGCGUACAAUUCCACACUAUACCAACUCAAAACACAGUCAUGUUGUCAAAUACUUUUUUCUCUGUGGUGAAUUAUUUUCAUAUUUGAAAAUUGUAAAUAAAACUGCAUUAGCAAUAGAAUUAGACAAAAAUAUUUUGAAGCUAUAUUUUAUAAGUGGUUGUACAUACUUCUAGCCUAGAAACUCAUGAUUUUACAGAGUGGGCCACUCGAAACUCCCAACCUCUUUUCAAGUAUUUCUCCGCCAAUAAUGCACCAAUUUCUAUAAAAUUUAUAUCAAAUUGAAGCUGAGACACCCCAUUUCUUGUCCACCAAAUAUGGACCGUCUAACUUCACGGAGGCACCCGCAAUGACCUUUUACAUUUUCAUUCCAAAUUUUGGAGCCCGAAAUCGGUGAAACUUAGAAAAUUUUUGGAAUGAUUUCCAGUUGAGUUUCUCGGAAUUGGAAAAUGUUCGCGCCUUUGGCUAAAUAAAAGUCUUAUAAGCAGCAGAGAAUAAUGAUGGCAGUCAACGGAAUAGUCAAAAUUAUUCUUCAAGGCGUUGCUUUUGUGUUUUGGGGCAAUAGGCUUAAUUAUUCGAAAUUUUUCAAAAUGUUAAAAAAUGGGCGAAACUGUCUACAUGCAUGAUGACAUCCACCCCGAAGAUGCAUAGAAACUUCCCAGGCAUAGAUUGCCCGAGAAAACAGUUUUCGUUCUCAUUCGCCAAAAUUGGUACCUCGCGAGGCCUCGCCUGAUUGAAAUAUGGGCUUAACACACUUGGUACGGACGUAAACUUUGAUGUUUUAAAAAUUUUUCCGCGAAUUUGGCGGCUUUUUUCUUGCCGGUAAUCCAAAAAUUUUCUAUAAGUCCGAGAAAUUCAAUUGAAAAUCAUUCCAAAAAAUUUCUAAGUUUCACCGAUUUCGGGCUCUAAAAUUUGGAAUGAAAAUGUAAAGGGUCAGUACGAGUGUCUCCGGAAAGUUAGACGGGCCAGGACAAGAAAAUGGGGUGUCUCAGCUUCAAUUUGAUAUAAAUUUUAUAGAAAUUGGUGCAUUAUUGGCGGAGAAAUACCUGAAAAGAGGUUGGGAGUUUCGAGUGGCCCACCCUGUAUUUUUCGAUUUCCGCGGAUGACUUCACUCACCCCAAAAUUUGUGAUUUUACGGCAAAAAAAUUCUGUAAAAUUCAAGCGGUCAACUAAGGUACAGUAUGUAAUGAUUCUAGAGCCAAAUUUCACGCUGAUGCCAAAAAUCGUAGAAUUAAUGGCGUUUUUUUGAAAACAACAUUUUUACGGCCGAUUUUUAGCGGCCGAAAUUCGUUUUCUCCAUGUUACAGUAAUCCUAGGCCCGAAAAAUUUGUCCCAUUGAAUUUAGAAGGCUUGAAAACCUCUAUACAGUAAUUUUUACCAACACUCCUAAACUAAAUUUGCACCGUAAUCCACGAAAAACAAAAUUCUGAUGUCAUCUUCAAAAAAUGCUUUCAAAAUUGCAAAUCAAUUUUUAUAAAGGUUUUCAUACUUCCCGUGUAUGCUAUACAACUCAGCCCAAUUGAUUUUUUAUGGUUCUGGGCAGUAUUACGGAUUUUGCUUCCACGGGGAUCGAACUCGCGACCCUUGGGUUACUAAAUUUGGCCAAAAUCCACUAUACCACGAAAAACGGAUCAUGGCUUUUUACACUUUUUUUUAAUGUUUAUAGGGCAAAUUUUUACGCUGAUUAACAUAUGUAAAAAUCAGCUGCGGCAUUUGAGAAAUAGCUUUUUUAGGGCCAAAUUUGUGCGGCCGAGCCCACAUUACGGUAUGUUACAGUAAUCCGACUGCCAAAAUUCUAUGUCUAUUAUGACGGGCAUGGCCUAAAACAUAAGUAUUGCCAAUUUCAGCCAGUUCUAAUCAGUAAUUUUCUUGUAAUGGUCGAUUACUCUAAAAGCAUUAAAUUGUAAAUUACAGUAGGUUAACGAAGGAAUUGGGCAAAAAUAUCUCAGCAUUAUGUUUAUAGGAUGCCUACAGUCAUUUUAAAAUCAAAAACUCAAAAUCGAUUUUUUCCUAUGUCCAUGGCUGAUCCAGUGACUCAGAAAUCGUGUUUUAAAGUCUUUUGUUCAGCUAUGUUCCGUCGCAAAGCCUUUUUGCAUUGGUAUACGGGCGAAGGCAUGGAUGAGAUGGAAUUCACGGAGGCCGAGUCCAACAUGAACGAUCUUAUCUCGGAAUACCAACAAUAUCAAGACGCCACCAUUGAGGACGAGGGCGAAUAUGAAGCCGAGGCCGAGCUCAAUGACGAGAUUGAAUAA